AUGUCGAAUACAACACCAACUGGAUGUAAUCAUUCUAUAACGCGUUCAUCUGAUACACGAGAACCUUAUCGUACAAUAACAUUAACUUUACUUCGUAUCUAUCCAAUAUUAUUUAUGCUUGUUGGUACUGCAGGUAAUUUAUUAUCUGUUUAUGUUGUAUUACGUUCGAAAUUACGUCGUCAUUCAACAUUUAUCUAUUUGGCAUUUUUAUCCAUUAUUGAUCUUGCUGUUUUAUAUACAUUUUGUGUUAAUUUUAUACUUCAUGCUUGGUUUAAUAUUGAUUUACAACAAGUAUCAUUAAUGGCAUGUAAAAUAUAUUCAUUUUCAAUUUAUUUUUUUCCACAAACAAGUGCAUGGAUUUUAACAGCUGUUUCAAUUGAUCGUGUAGUUGCUUUAACACGUGGUCUACGAAAAACUCGUAAAACACGUCAAACUUAUACAAUAUUAAUCUUAAUUUUUCUAAUACUUUUUUUGCUUAAUGUACAAUUUUUAUAUUAUGAUAAUACGUAUAGAUUAUCUUUACAAAAACAACAAUCGAAAGACUUUAAUAGCGACGAAUCGAUAUCUCCAUCAUCAUCAUCAUCUACUUAUCGAAUAGUUGACACAGAUAUGGAUAUAAAUGUUGUACAAUGUUCAUCUGAAUAUAGUGAAGUAUAUAAAAAAUUUUAUAGUAAUAAAUGGGUGUAUAUUGAUGCUACUGUUAAUGUUUAUUUACCAUUUACAUUAAUGUUUCUUUGUUCAACUAUUAUUUUUGUCAGUGUUGUACGUACAAUGGGUGAUGCACAUAAUUCAAAUAAACGUUUAGUCGCAAGAAAUUUAAGUACAAUGUUAUUAUCAAUAAAUGCAAUGUUUGUUUUAUUAACUGCACCUAUUGUUUUCUAUUUAAUGUUUGAAAAACAAGCAUUUAAAGAAGAAAUCAAUCAAUGUGAUAUACAACUUAAAGCAAAACAUAAAAUGAUAAAAUUAUUAUUUAUUAUUUUAAUGAAUGCUAAUCAUACUGGUAAUAUUCUUGUUUAUUGUUUAACUGGUACUGAAUUUCGUACACAUUUAUUUCAUCUUUUACAUACAUAUGGAUGUCGAAAAACUAGUCGUUUAAUACGAAGAGAUUAUUUAACAAGUCGUAAAGGAACGUAUAAUGAUGGUCGACGUUUAUCUGCUGCUAUUUUAAAUAAAGAUAGUGCACAUAAUCAAUCACAAACAUCACGAACAUCAAGUAAAAGACAUUUUCAUAGACAUACACCACCAUCAAUAUAUCAAAAAACUCAAAUGAAAAAAAUGAGUGGAACUAUUGAUGAUGAUCAACCAAUUCCUAUUUGUUUAAAAACACGAGAAGAUACACAAUAUAUUUUAUUAGCAAAUAAAUCGAGCAAUAAACAACAAGCAUCAACAACUGCAAGCAUUUAA